AUGUCCUACUUCUUCUCCACGCCCGUCGACAUCGACAUUGUGCUCGAAAACGCCGACGAGCGCUCCAUGGUGGACGUCAAGCUCGACAAGAACCGGCGCGAAAAGGCGCCUCUCUACAUGGACGGCGAGUCGGUCAAGGGCGCCAUCACGGUGCGGCCCAAGGACGGCAAGCGCCUCGAGCACACGGGCAUCAAGGUGCAGUUCAUCGGCACCAUUGAAAUGUUCUUUGACCGCGGCAACCACUACGAGUUCCUCUCCCUCGUCCAGGAGCUCGCCGCCCCCGGCGAACUGCAGCACCCGCAGACGUUCGACUUUAACUUCAAAAACGUCGAGAAGCAGUACGAGUCGUACAACGGCAUCAAUGUCAAGCUGCGCUACUUUGUCCGCGUCACUGUCUCCCGCCGCAUGGCCGACGUCAUCCGCGAAAAGGACAUUUGGGUCUACAGCUACCGCAUCCCCCCAGAGGUCAACAGCAGCAUCAAGAUGGACGUCGGCAUCGAGGACUGCCUCCACAUCGAGUUCGAGUACAGCAAGAGCAAGUACCACCUCAAAGACGUCAUCGUCGGCCGCAUCUACUUCCUCCUCGUCCGCCUCAAGAUCAAGCACAUGGAGCUGUCCAUCAUCCGCCGCGAGACCACCGGCGCCGCCCCCAAUCAGUACAACGAGAGCGAGACGCUCGUCCGCUUCGAAAUCAUGGAUGGCUCGCCCUCCCGCGGCGAGACCAUCCCCAUUCGCCUCUUCCUCGGCGGCUUCGACUUGACGCCCACCCUGCGCGACGUCAACAAGAAGUUUUCCACCAGAUACUACCUCAGCUUGGUCCUCAUUGACGAAGAUGCCCGGCGCUACUUCAAACAAUCCGAAAUCAUUCUCUACCGCCAAGCCCCCGACGCACUGCCUGCCCCUGAACCCGGCAUCCAGUCCUUGCCAGCACCUAAUGAGUCCAAGCUGGCAGCGGCCCGGGCUUAA